ACAAGCGCGUGCUGCCACUGAAUGCCGAAAGCAGCGUCCAACGCCUCUUCGCGUGCAUUGUCACAGCCAAGUCCCACUUCCUGCAUUAUAUGAGAUUUCACGAGCAGCUGCAAAUGCAUACCCAAAGUCUCAUGACAGAACCAGGAAGCUUCCAGCCCCAUAAGGUUCACCGCCCAGUCCUUUCUCUUCCUCCCAUAGCGAGCAAUUGCUGUCGACGCGUCAUCGACAUGAGCCCUAGCCUCCCAUUGGCUGUGGAGCAGUUUGCUCAGACUCUUCGCGUUGCUGCUGAGAGUUUCUGCGCUGUUCCUUGCGGGACAGCCAUGGCUUCCGCCGGCAACGUUUGCCGAUAUUAUUUGAACGGCAACUGCCGCUUCGGCGAAAAAUGCUGGAAUGUGCAUCCGCGCCCCGGGGAAGGAUCCAUCCGCACUUCUCCUCCCAGCUCCGGUUCCAGCAGAAGAGGUGGAUGGGAUGGCCGAAAUCAGAGAUACCCUGUUGUCCAGGCAUCCAGUUUUUCUAAAGCAUCAAACUGGCACAGCAACAGAGAUCAUGGAAGAACAUUCCAUGGGCCCCAGGCUGACUUGGGCUUGUCCCAAAAUAGGUUUGCUGCCUUAAAUUCUAAUGAAGAUGUGUGUGGUGAAGAUGAGAAGCUUCUUGAAAUGAUAAUGAAAGACAUGGAGGUUUGGGAAUCUUCAGGCCAGUGGAUGUUUUCCUCCUAUUCACCAUUGAAAGACAAGCCUAAUAUUUCAGGUUUUGCGACCUUUUCUCCUGAAGAACUUCGUCUUGAAUACUACAACUGCAGGGCAAAUAACAAUAUUCAAAGUUAUGUCAGCUCAGUCCAGCAGCUAGUCACUCAGUGGAGAAGUAGAUUACUUGAGCUGAAAAAUAUAAAUGCUUCUACUAAAACUGCAUUGAUAUCUGAACUAAAGAAUGUGGCUAAUCAGCCACCAUCUGCAUUUGGGUUUGGUGGACAGCAGUCAUCAGCUUUUGGGGCCUCAGCCUUUCCUGUGAAUGAACACAGCAGUGCUAACACCUUUUCGUUCAAAUCACCUGUGGAACUUGCUAACAUCUCAUCUGGAAACCUGCCUGCAUUUGGAAGCCUUCCUGGAGUUCAGAAUCAUCCAUCACUUGGUGCAACAUCUUCGUCAACUACAACUACCACUACCCAUUCAGGCUUUGGGUUCCAACCUGCUUCAUCUGCAGCUUCCUUUUCAUUUAAAAGUUCUGCAUCUCCUGGUGGCUUUGGGACUUCUGGGUUUUCAGGAUUUGGACAUUCACUUCCUACCAGUUCGUCAAAUAACACAUCUGCUCCAGUAUUUGGUGCUAGCAAUACAACCACUGCUGCUCAAACUUUGGAUUCAAGGAACACCCUGUUUGGACAGCCCACAAAUGCUGUUGGGAGCAGUGGUGCAUUUGUGUCAUCAUUAGCCCAAACCAACAACGCAUCCGAAAAGCUAUUUACCCCCAAAGCUGAACUAUCUGCGGAUGAGCUGAAGCAAUUCGAAGCAAAGAAAUUUACACUAGGAAAGAUUCCUUUGAAACCACCACCAGUGGAACUUCUAAGUGUGUAAAAUAUUUGGAGGAUGUCUUUAUUACUUUAGUUCCCAGUGCCUAUUAUUCAGUUGUAUUUCUUCAUAAUUUAUAGGUUUGUUCUGUCAUACCACCAUUGCUUCAGGAAAACUAUUUUCAUUUAUAGUUAACAAGUGAUGUGUUACAACUUGGGGACUCCAAAAUGGACAUAGUUAACUUGAAAACAGUGCACCGUAAAAUAAAGUUUGGGCAAUCACUUGAAAAUGCAGCAAACUCAAGUUCUAUUCUUUGGUCACCUUGGCUCACAUAUCCUUACAGUCGUGAAUCAUUUGCUAAUAAUUUAAUCGAAAACAUAUCCUAGCUCCUCUAAACUCAUGCCAGUUGUUCUCCCGUUCCAUUGUACUAGUUCCAGUGUGGUCUACAAACCCCCUGCUUCCAUCUCUUACUGCUGCUAUGGUUUUGCCCUUAGGCUCCAGUAUAAAGCUGCAGUCUUAGCCUUAGCAUUUCCAGUUGCAUUAGGGUAGGUUUAAUGACAAAAUAUAACUUUGGUUACACUCUCUGUUUGCAAGAGCAAAGGUUUAAUUUUAGAUAAAUGUAGGUCUGUCAUUGUCUUACUAGCCAAAACAUAUUGUCCAUGUUAUGAAACACUGCCAUGGUUUGAGAUUAUAUGCUCUUGAUCACAGGAAAUAAAUAUCCCACCCUAUUUCUGCACCUUCCUAAGACCCUUGUCUAGCUGCGCUAGAUGGACAUUAUCUGACCCAACCGCCUAUUCUUUUGGUGCACUCAGAAUACUGUUUGUGUAAGACAUUUUUAUGUACAAAGAUCAUGAAAAUUAUUGCCUGUUGUGCCAUGUGCAUGUCAAUGUAUGCAAAUUAUGUGCAUUUGGCAAUUAUUGGUAAUGUUCAUGAAUAAGGAAGUGCACUGUUCUAACAUGCCCUUUAUGCUGAGAAAAAGCAUGCUUGUAUGUGAAAUUUUAUUCUGAGGAUAGAAUAAAUUGAACAAAUAAUUGCCCAGCUGCCUAGGAGACUAUAUCUUCAGUUUUAAUCUGGAAGACAGCAUGCCCCCCCCCCCCCCCCCCCGUAAAAUUAGGAAGCUGAGAAAAACACAACCUUUUCAUACUACUUUCAACUUUUUUGGAGGGGGGGUGGAGAAUAUGCUGUAUGUUCUCAGCCUUUAUCUGGUUUCAUGUGAUUGCUUUUCACUUCUUUGAAAUAACAGAAUGUGUGUCACUGACAUUCCUACCAUGUAGAUCAAAUUUUGUAGUUCUUUGAAGUUUUAGUUGUUAAGUGAAUAUUUAAGGGCUGGCCAUACAAUUCAUGGAAACGUAGUAUUCACCUAAUACAGCCACCAUCUCCAUAUAGUAAAUUUAUUUGAAAAUGAAGGUGAGACAGACCCCCUCACCUCCUUAACUUUUUCAGGCAGGGAACCCACUCACUUGUCCCUCAGCCCUGUACUUAUCCCAGAAGGUGAAGGAUACCUGCUGUUUUAAGCCUUUCUAGGCAAACCCCUUAUUAAGGCACAUACAUACUGAAGCAGAUUUUGAACAAACAGAAUAAAAGGUUUAUUAACAAAGAGGUGAUGAGAAAGGGAGAUAAGUAGCUUGGAGAGAAGGUUUGGAUGAGGCAAAUCAAGCAGGAGAAAUAUAUACACUAGAGCUAUGGCACAGAAAUUCAAUAUUUGGUUUUUCAUCACAAGUGUAAGUUUGUUCAUUUCCAGUUCUCAGUUACAGUUCAGUUAUAUAGUUGUUUCUUAGAUGUUACAGUUCCUAAAACUAAAUAUGUUGUGGAUAAUUACUUGUUUAUACAGGGGUCUAACAGGCUUGGUACAUACUCAGCCUUCACAGUUAGAAAACCCAAACUAAACAUAAAACACUCUACUGAGGAAACACAAAGCAAAUCCAGUUCCUCAGACUAACUAGUACCCAGGAAUUCUUCCUGCGCUAGAAGAUAUUCCUCACUGAUUUAUAUCUAUGGCCCUUCAGCUUGACCCUUCAAUAAACCUCUUCACCAGUU